GCAAUCUGAAAAUAACAUUGUGUCUACCAAAGAGCCUGAACCAAACCACACCACACCACACCACCCUUUUCAUUCAACUGAUUCGGACUAGGACCAACCCUGAAGGCUUUGAGAUCACUCCUCUCUAUCAGUUAUUAUCUGAAAAGGAGGGAGAGAGGUUCAAAGUGGUUGCAAAUGGAUUAUAGCGAUUAAAAAAUUCAGAAAACGAAGAACUUGAGAAAGACAACCAUCCUUCACUUCACCAAUACAGCACCUUCUUCCAUCCCAGUUUCUGCAAAGAAAACACCCUUUCACCCACCCCAAUUAAACAAACACAACCUAAUACUAAAAAAUAUACCCCCUCGGCGCAAGAACAAUCCUCCAAACUCAGAAACCGCAACAACAAUGAAAGGCAAAAGAAACAGCAGCGUUAGCAUCUCCAUUUUCGUGGUGGUGUUCACCAUAUUCCUCUUUGGGGUCUUCAUUUACAACGAGGACGUUAAGUCAAUGGCUGAGUUCACGUUCUUGAGGCCCAAGCCUGUCCAAGAACCGAAACCGGAACGAGAAGAAACGGUUUCCAAGAAUUCAAGAACUCAACUUGAGAAAAACCAGGUCGAGGAUUCCGAGGAAAAUCGAGAACCGAUUGAUUUGAAAGCUGCUGUGGCAGAAGAGAAGAUGGUGGAAGAGUAUGACGAAGAAAAAGAAGAUGUCGUAUUGCCUCCAGAAGACUGUGACUUGUUUACUGGGGAAUGGGUUCUUGACAACGUGACACACCCUUUGUACAAAGAAGACCAAUGCGAAUUCCUCACUUCACAAGUCACUUGCAUGAGGAAUGGAAGACGCGAUUCUCUCUAUCAGAAUUGGAGAUGGCAGCCCAGAGAUUGCUCUUUGCCCAAGUUCAAACCGAGACUUUUGCUUGAAAAGCUCAGAGGGAAGAGGCUUAUGUUUGUUGGAGACUCGUUGAAUAGGAACCAAUGGGAAUCAAUGAUUUGUUUGGUCCAAUCUGCUGUUCCUCAAGGCAAAAAGAGCUUGAACAAGAAUGGUUCUCUUUCUAUCUUCGCAAUUGAGGAUUUCAAUGCUACGGUUGAGUUCUACUGGGCACCAUUCCUUGUGGAGUCAAACUCAGAUGAUCCAAAAAUGCACAGCAUAUUGAACCGUAUAAUCAUGCCGGAAUCCAUUGAAAAGCAUGCUGUGAACUGGAAAAAUGUGGAUUAUCUUAUCUUUAACACUUACAUAUGGUGGAUGAAUACCGCCACCAUGAAAGUCUUACGAGGAUCGUUUGAUGAAGGAUCCACGGAGUACGAUGAAGUCCCUCGCCCAAUUGCAUAUGGCAGAGUCCUGAACACGUGGUCCAAAUGGGUGGAAGACAACAUUGAUCCAAAUCGCACCAAAGUUUUCUUCUCCAGCAUGUCCCCUCUUCAUAUUAAGAGUGAGGCUUGGAACAACCCAGAUGGAAUAAAAUGUGCGAAGGAGACCACCCCAAUUGUGAACAUAUCCGACGCAUUACAAAUUGGUACGGAUAGAAGGCUUUUUGUUGUAGCCAACAAUGUUACACAGGCAAUGAAGGUUGUGCCAGUGAAGUUCCUUAACAUCACAACCUUGUCAGAGUUCAGAAAAGAUGCACACACCUCUGUUUACACCAUUCGCCAAGGCAAGAUGUUGACGCCAGAGCAACAAGCUGAUCCUGCCACCUAUGCAGAUUGUAUCCAUUGGUGUCUACCUGGCUUACCUGACACGUGGAACGAGUUCCUUUAUACACGUAUCAUCUCUCAAUCUUGACCACCAACAACAACAACACUUUCUCCUUUCACUCUUUACAUAACUGUUAUAAAUUUUACUCUCUUUUUGCUUCA